GUUCCCUCUGGAAACAUUCAGUGGGCCUCCCCCAAGUUCGAGUCUCAGACGGUCAGACCUCGGGGUUACGGGACGCAGGGAUUAGGUACAUGAGCUUCGAUUUUCAGGGGGAAGUUGGAACGCGACAAGACAACACCAAGAACCGCGACAACGCAAUCGAGAAGCCCUAGACUCGAUGAGACCGGUCGCAAAUUUCUGCCGCUGCAACAAACCACCAUGGCCUGGACCGAUGGGGGCCCGCCACUGUUCGCGUUCAGCCUAGUGAUGCUGCUGCUAUCGACGGUGGCUGUGACACUGCGGUUCGUCUGCCGCGGCUACAUUCUGCGUGUCUUGGGGUUAAGCGACUUAUUCAUACUCCUCACCCUCAUCUGCUCGCUUGCCCACGUUUGCAUCCUAGGAAUUAUUGUAUCCAGGGGGUUAGGUCUCCCCAAAACUAUCUUUGAGUUUACUCCGGACGAAAGAGAGUUCUUCUUCAAAAUGCGGUGCAUGAGUAAAUUGGUUGUCAACCUCAGCAUUGUAAUGACCAAAUUGUCCGUUCUGCUUCUCUUCCUCGACAUAUUCCUGACGGCUUGGCCGCGCAGAGCAACAUACGUUAUCAUCGUCCUGACGGCGCUCUUCGGCGUUUGGAUCGCCGUGACCAACAUCUUCCCUUGCAUCCCGAUUGACUCCUCCUGGAAAUCGGAGGAACCGGAGCGCAGAUGUAUGGAUAUCGGCCAAGGCAAGUCGCUGACCGACGCCGUGGUCAGCUUUGUGCUCGACAUGGCCAUCUUUUGUCUGCCACUGCCUGUGGUCUGGCCCAUGACACUUCCAUGGCGCCAGAAAGCUUGGCUGUAUUUUGCCUUUGCCUUGGGUUUCUUUGUCUGCGUCGCCUCGGCAAUACGCAUUGUCUUCGUUAUGACCAGCGCCGGAGACCCUAACUCAGGACCCGGUAUUCCGUAUUGGGUGGCGACUGAGAUCAAUGUCGCCAUCGUCGUGGCCUGCAUCCCGACGCUCCGCCUCCUUGUGGUUAAGAUCUGCCCUCGCAUGUUAGAAACAACAGAGCCGGCCAGCAAAACAAGCAACCGUCGCCGUAGUCCUCAGCCAGAAUAAGACCUUCUAUGCCUCAAAUAUGAAGGUUUCGCGACGCAUGUUUGAUUAUAACGGC